UUCGAUGCAUGCUGUUAAAGCUUAGAGUAUAUUGUCCUCCCGUUGCUUAUGAAGCCUCCACCCACCGGCCCACCCUACAUUUGGCGGAUCAUGUGACUCGGGAGCCGCGGCGAGGAGAGGCAGAGGAGGAGAGGAGACAGAGAGGGCUGUAGGAAGGAAAACAGUCUCCCCGGCUCUGCAGCUUCUGACAAGGCCGCCUCGCAAACAGGAUGUUAAUGCUUGACGGUAUGCCUGCAGUCCGAGUCAAAUCCGAGCCCCUGGAAUCGGAACAAGGGUCACCCAAAGUGCGGCCUUUUUCUGCCAUGGAUAGAAUGCCCUUCUUCUUGAGCAGAGUCAAAGCUGAGCCUUCAGAGGAUCUCCUGGCACAUGAGCUACACUUCCACACUCAGACUGAACCAGUGGAUCUGUCCAUAAACAAACCUCGUCCAUCCUCUUCCACCUCCUCCUCCUCACCCCUCAGGUCGGCCUUCUCUCCCUCAUCUUCAUCGUCCUCCUCCUCCCCGUCAGUCAUCACCUCUGCCUCCUCGGUGCUCUCCCCGGGCCCGCUGGUCGCCCCUGGGUCUGGCGUCAGAGGUCAGCCGUAUUUGCACAUCCUGCACUCUGUGCCGCCUCCUCCGUCCAGCCCUCUGAGCCUGCAGGGAGCGGGGAAGCUGGCCAGCCAUGUUCACCGCAUCCCGGUUGUGGUGCAGUCUCUCCCGCUCAUGUACACCACUGCUGUUCGAUCACCCUCCAGCCUCAACAACGCCAUCAUGCUACCUCUGCUCGAUGAGGCCAAAAGCAAGGGCAAAGGACACUCAGAUCUCAAUGGUCUAUCUCCACGGCACAUCAAGAGUGACAGUGAAGAUGAUGACCUGCCAAACGUGACCUUGGACAGUGUUAAUGAGACAGGCUCCACUGCUCUGUCUAUUGCCCGUGCAGUGCAAGAUUCCAUGUCGCCGUUCAGUAUUGACAGCAUACGUCGCCCUCGGAGAUCAGAGUCUCCGGAUUCCAAAAAGCGGAGGAUUCACAGAUGUGACUUUGAUGGUUGCAAUAAAGUGUACACAAAAAGCUCUCAUCUAAAAGCCCACAGGAGGACACAUACAGGGGAAAAGCCAUACAAAUGCACCUGGGACGGAUGCACGUGGAAGUUUGCGCGUUCCGACGAGCUGACGAGGCACUACAGGAAACACACGGGAGUCAAACCCUUCAAGUGUGCAGACUGUGACCGCAGCUUCUCCCGCUCAGACCACCUCGCCCUGCACAGGAGGAGACAUAUGCUCGUGUGACACAAGGGGGCGACAGAGCAUGGUGGGACACUCGCUACAGAGAGAGAGAGGGCAUGAUCAGUGACACAGGCAGGCGGUUGGGGGAGCGGGAUCUCCCUGUGAAUGUUUUCAGCUGGCCUGGACACAGCCACACACACACAUGAGGAAAGAAGAGGAUCAUGGCUGGAUCCUUGGAAGGAAUUGUAUACUGUCAGUCGAUUAUAAUAAAAGAAAACUGUCUUUUACUGCACUGUUGGUAAAUAUUACAUUUAGAUUUUUAAUUCACAACUUUUAUUGGGACUAAAGAUACAAAUGCAAUCAAGAAACAUUUAAUUUGAUGUUUUCAUUCUUAUUGAUAAAUUGCUGUUUUUCAGCAUUUUUAAUGUGAAAUACCCUGUUUUGUGGAAUGGAUUUCCUGUGUGUGCUCUGUUGAACCAGAGACAGGACCUGCCCUGGACCACAGGAAAUACUUGGGCUACAAGGUCUUGGUUGGAUUUACAGGCUUCAGUAUUGCGCCUUCUUGUCUUUUUUAACCAGCAGAGGGAGCUCUUUCACCAUGCUUUCCUUUGCCUGUUCCAGCCUGCUGUUAUACAGUAUGUGAAAGCAUCUAUUACAAAAGCUAUAAGAGGGCUGGACUUUCACCUAUCCCGCAGCCAUAUAAUGGGAUUGGAGUAAAAAGCAACGUAAAUGGAUCUACAUCUCCACUAUUUUUGACGUUUUGGACCUUCAUUGUUUGUUAAACAAUGAAAAGUGGCAUAUCAUCCCACCAGCAAAAACACCCCUCUCAUGAACCCCCAUUCUCAUUUAAGUUGAGCCUCGUUUAAACAUUUCCUACAAUUUGUGGAUUUUGUGCUGUGAUUAGCAAUCAGUAAAAGUGCAAUCUUCAAAGGUAAAUAUUCUCUCAGUAUGUUUAAUUUCAGUUUUGCUUUGGACUUAGAAAGAUAAUCCCUCCAAUACAGUGGACAUGGAAACAAUCACAGGACUUUGGGUGAGACUGAGGCACUUUACAGACUUCUGCUCGUGUGUUCCUCAGUGACAAUAUUGUAGUUUUGCACAACAGUACUGCAGUGUUAAAGGAGCUGUGUGGUAUCUAACUAAAACUAUACUGUAGAUGAGCAAUACAAUUUUAACAAAUAAAAACAAGGAAUUGAUGUCAAGAUAAGAGGGUUUGCCCCACUCUGGAAAGCUACCACCUUGUUCUUUUGGUUAGUAUUGAGCCCCAGCACAGGGAACUUGCUUCAAGCACAUGAUCUUUUUAUAUAUCCUUUAACCAUUUCUCCAUUGCCAGCUUUGUGCAGUACAGUGCUGUGCAAACAUUGGUGUGGCUGUUAAUAAGAAAUCUCUGCAAGCUCUUCAAAUUCAGUCAAUCUUUUACAUUUUUAUGUUCAUCUCAUAAACUUGACUCUUUCAUUUGGACAAACAAUUCAUGUAUUUGCACAGUACUGUAUGUGUUUCAUUAUGUUUUAGCAAACACAAGUAUUGGCAAACCAAAGUAUCACCACUUAGUAUUCUUCACGACUUUUAUGGUGAUAUUAAAAGACAUUUCUAUAUUAAAUUAUUUUCUUCCCCGUAUGAAAGCUUCAGACAUAAGCCAGAGAGCAUCAGGGCAGCUCGAAUCAUCCGAUAGCACUUGCUAAAUGCAUUUCUUGGACUGGAGCCAACAAAAGGAAAUGACAAGCUUUUGGAUAAUAGCACCUUGGAAAAGCCAAGAACACAGAGCGCACAUACACAGUCAAAUCCCCCAGUCUCAAACAGCACAUCCUCAAGGCCCACAGACUAACAGUGUAUCACCUAUUUAGUUUAUCAACAUGUUACAUUUUAACCCUGCUUCUCUGAGAGAAGAAAACUAUAUAAUCCUUAUUUCUUGUGCACAUGUCAUUACCAUUAUUUUAUUUGUUGGCAAAAGCAUAUCAGCACCUUUUUGUUUAAUAUUAUAAUAAUUUAAAAUCAUUUUAUUUCAGAUUAAUUCACACAUAAUCAUCAUGAUAUAUUUUAUCUUCUUUAUAGUAUGAGAAUAUGAUUGUGGGGCACUUAGAUGAAUAUACAGUAAUGAUUUCCUUUAUGUAAAAAGUUUUAAAAUGUUGUAAUAUAUGUCAUAGUGAAGAGAAAAUUAUUACAAAGUUCUACAGCCUGUAUAUAUAUUGGAAAAAUAGGGCUUUGGAUUUCUAGAACAUGUGUUUAUACAGGUCUUUUUCAGAGACUGUAAUUUAUCUGAUUUGAUUUACAUUGAAAUUUGGCUAAUGGUGUUCAUCAUGUACAAGAUCAUAUGUGAUGUCCUGGUUUACUUUUGUGGUCAACUGACAUGAUCAAAACCUUUUAUUUCUGAAGGCUGAAAGUGUUAACUGCUAAAUGAUUUAUCUAGCUCUGGUUUCCUUCUGUUGCUCAUGUUCUGAUAACACAUUUCAAAUAGUUAUUCUUGGACCAUCACUGCAGAGACCAUUAUGAUGUCAUAAGUCUCCGUCUUUGGGACGAGACUGGAUACAUGUCUGCUGAUCAGGAGUGAUGUGUGGGUUCGGUUUUCAAACAGAAAUAGCAAUAAACGCAAAAUGUGGUGAUGUUUCUGUAUCACUUUCUGGCAUCCUUUCCCAUGAGGCUGGAUUACAAAACAAUUACUAAUCUCCAUUUAAAUUAUAUUUUAUUUGUUUUGGCCAAUAUUUUUCUGCAUUUUCAGGGUUCUAUCUAUAAAGCAGUCAAACCCAGUCUAUCCUUAUGGCACACAUUUAUGACAUCAUAAUAAGGUGGAGGUAGAAAGGUGUUCCUUGAACAUUAGGAAAACUGUAUAAUCAGAAUAAAUCACCUAAAAAGGUACUUGAUAAUUCCCGGUGAUGUGUUUUUGCUUUAACCUACAAAGUUAUCAAGAACAUCUCACUAACUCUACUGUCACUAUUUAACGUUGCAUGCCUUAAAAGAAACUUCUUUUCAGAAAGUCAGUUAGACUUGAAGAUCUCCACACAGACAGGGUGUAUUGUAUUUCCCUUAGAACAUUCUCCUUUCGUUUUUAAAGCAUAAUUUUGUAACGGUAACCAGGGUCAAAGUUAUGCAAUAAUAAAUAAAUAGUGCCUCGUAUCACAAACUUGUACAAUGACUUUAUUAGCCUGGGUGCAGGAUUUUAAAACAUACUCAAAUUAACUAAAUAACUAAAUAACAUCUUUGGAAAAAAGCACAGAUAUGCAAGUUGGACCUCUAUUUCUAUUUUUCCUUUAGCACUGAGCCUUAUAUCGCAGUGUCAAGUGUUCUACCAUCACAUCUCCACAGUUCUUAGACCAUGCAUCAUUACUUUGUUUGCAAUAAGUCACAGCUCAAAUUUCUUUUUCACACAUUCUAAAAAUUAUCAUAAGAAAUCUUGCUCACAAUUGUACUGCGAGUGGGAUUCCUGCUGUAGACUGAUGCCUUUGUCAAUAAUUACUAAUAUCAAUGAUUUGUUUUAUUUACUACAAUUUUGAUUUUUCUGGUUUUAUGAAGAUUUUUCAGUAGUGACGCCAAUGCCUAUGUUAAAGUUUGCUGAUAUUGCGUACAGUAAUUGUUGUUCCUGUAUUUAUGUAAAGUGAGUGUAGUGUAAAUAUUCAAAUUUUGUUUUUCAUUCUUUACCUUAACAAAAUUGUGAUUUCAAAAGGGAGAUUCUGCUUCAUGGAAUUCCACAUCUAUAAAAGUAAUUUCUAUUCCUGCAAUUUUUCAGAAACUUUUUGAAAAGGUGUCCUAUUUUUUUUUUCUUCUGUUCUGUUUUUUCCCUCAAAGUUGUUUAAGUAUCCAGUCAGUGUUUUUGCCUUUUAUUCUCUGUAUUUUCAUAUGGAUGGAGCUGUGAAAUGAAAAAUAAGUUAAAAUAUACAUGUAUAUUAAUAUGAAUGGAGGCAUGAAGGUUAAUAAAGUUGCAUUUUGUAUGUAA